GGGGCGCCGAGCGCGGGGCGCACUGGGGCCAGGGGAUGGCCGCCGGGGCGGGGAGGCUGGGCCCGUGCGCGGGGCGCACGCGUUAAGUUGCACCGCACGUGUAGGACAAAGUCUCCUUUUGAGAGCGGCCGGGAGCCCUGCUCGACGAGGAGCGCACCCGGGUCGCCGCCGCGGCAGAGCGGGGUUAGCAAUCUGGAGCAAUGGGCGACUGGAGCUUCCUGGGGAGACUACUAGAGAACGCGCAGGAGCACUCCACGGUCAUCGGCAAGGUCUGGCUGACAGUGCUGUUCAUCUUCAGGAUCCUGGUGCUGGGCGCGGCCGCUGAGGAGGUGUGGGGGGACGAGCAGUCGGACUUCACUUGCAACACGCAGCAGCCCGGCUGCGAGAACGUGUGCUACGACAGGGCCUUCCCCAUCUCACACAUCCGCUUCUGGGUGCUGCAGAUCAUCUUUGUGUCCACGCCCACCCUCAUCUACCUGGGCCAUGUGCUGCACAUCGUGCGCAUGGAGGAGAAGAAGAAGGAGCGCGAGGAGGAGCUGCUGAGGGCCGAGCUCCCGCACCCUGGCCCGGCCGCACGCUGCGGGCCCGGCGGCCAGAAGGACAGGCCGCUGCGCGACGACCGCGGCAGGGUACGCAUCGCAGGAGCCCUGCUUCGGACCUACGUGUUCAACAUCAUCUUUAAGACGCUGUUCGAAGUGGGCUUCAUCGCCGGGCAGUACUUUCUGUACGGCUUUGAGCUGAAGCCGCUGUACCGCUGCGACCGCUGGCCCUGCCCCAACACGGUGGACUGCUUCAUCUCCAGGCCCACAGAGAAGACCAUCUUCAUCAUCUUCAUGCUGGCGGUGGCCUGUGUGUCCCUGCUCCUCAACAUGCUGGAGAUCUACCACCUGGGCUGGAAGAAGCUCAAGCAGGGAAUGACCAACCACCCGCGCGCAGACUCCCCCGAGGCCACAAAGCCCGGGGGCGGGAGCGCCCUGGGCCCCCCCUCGCUCUCCGAGGCGCCCGCGGUCACCAUCGGGUUCCCGCCCUUCAGCGCUCCCUCGGCCUCCUCCCCGGGACAGGCCACCGCCGCGGGCUACCCCGGGGCGCCCCCACUGGCCGCAGACUUCCACCCGGCAGCCCUGCCCGAGGCCCGCGCGAGGGACCAGCACCUGCUCAUGACGGAACAGAACUGGGCCAAUCAGGAGGCCGAGCAGCACACCUCCGCCAGGAAGGCCUCCGGGGCAGCAGCCCCCUCGGCGUCCCCGAGCCCCGCGGGCAGCACCGGGCAGCUCCCGCCGGACGACGGGACGGGCGGCGGCGAGCCCGGCCUGCUGCUGACCGGGAGCCGCAGCAGCCUGGGGGACAGCAAACUGGCAGUGACUCCCGACGACGCGGAGCAGCCGGUGACCACCCCAGCAGAGACGCACGCGCCGCCGCUGCCCCCGGCGGAUGCGGGCCGAUUGAGCAAGGCCAGCAGGGCCAGCGGCGGCCGGGCCAGACCCAACGACUUGGCCAUCUAGCGCUGGUCUCUCCAGACAGCCUUACAAUAACCUCUUUUCUAGCAACCAAAACCAAAGUGCCGUUCCAGGCUGCAGGGAGACGGAGACGGAGCCUGGAAGUGAGGGGCACUGGAGUGCGGGAGGGGAAGAGCCGCGGGAGAGAAGGCUUCUGUGUGUCCAUGCUUGCUGUUCUUAACACGUUGAGGUAGAGUGCCAAGACCGCGGAGGCGU